GGUCCUGUCGUUUGUAUGUUUUUACUUCUCGAACUUGAGACUGCGUCAGAUGGACCUCCCAACCUCCACUCAAGGUCUCUUCAAAUGGAUGAGGUGGGCGCACCCGGCAUAGUGGUUGGAGUUUCUGUAGAUGGAAAAGAAGUCUGGUCAGAAGGCCUAGGUUAUGCAGAUGUUGAGAACCGUGUGCCAUGUAAACCAGAGACAGUCAUGAGAAUUGCCAGCAUCAGCAAAAGCCUCACAAUGGUUGCUCUUGCCAAAUUAUGGGAAGCAGGGAAACUGGAUCUUGAUAUUCCAGUACAACAUUAUGUUCCUGAAUUCCCAGAAAAAGAGUAUGAAGGUGAAAAGGUUUCUGUCACAACAAGAUUGCUAAUUUCCCAUUUAAGUGGAAUUCGUCAUUAUGAGAAGGAUAUGAAAAAGGUGAAAGAAGAGAAGGCUUACAAAGCCUUGAUUAUGAUGAGAGGGACAUUGGCAUCUGACCAAGAAAAAGAAUUCAAAGAAAAAGGAGGCAAAAGUCAUGAAAAGGAUGACUUCGUUAAAGCUAAGACAGAGCCAGACAGUGAAGCCAAAUCCCGGAAUUCAAAACCGGGCAAGAAAAAAAAUGAUUUUGAACAAGGCGAAUUAUAUUUGAAAGAAAAGUUUGAAAAUUCAGUUGAAUCCUUAAGAUUAUUUAAAAAUGAUCCAUUAUUCUUUAAGCCUGGUAGUCAGUUUUUGUAUUCAACUUUUGGCUAUACCCUCCUGGCAGCCAUAGUAGAAAGAGCUUCAGGAUACAAGUAUUUGGACUAUAUGCAGAAAAUAUUCCAUGACUUGGAUAUGCUGACAACUGUACAAGAAGAAAAUGAGCCUGUGAUUUACAAUAGAGCAAGAUUUUAUGUUUACAAUAAAAAGCAACGCCUUGUCAACACUCCUUAUGUGGAUAACUCCUAUAAAUGGGCUGGUGGUGGAUUUCUGUCUACAGUGGGUGACCUUCUGAAAUUUGGAAAUGCAAUGUUGUACAGUUACCAAGUUGGGCUGUUUAAGAACUCAAAUGAAAAUUUUUUACCUGGAUAUCUCAAACCGGAAACAAUGGUUAUGAUGUGGACACCUGUCCCUAACACAGAGAUGUCUUGGGAUAAAGACGGUAAAUAUGCAAUGGCAUGGGGUGUGGUAGAAAAGAAGCAGACAUACGGCUCUUGUAGGAAGCAGCGGCAUUAUGCCUCCCAUACUGGAGGUGCAGUGGGUGCCAGUAGUGUCCUGCUGGUCCUUCCUGAAGAAGUGGAUACAGAGACCGUAAAUAACAAGGUUCCCCCAAGAGGAAUAAUUGUUUCUAUCAUCUGUAACAUGCAAUCUGUUGGCCUCAAUAGCACUGCUUUAAAGAUUGCCCUGGAAUUUGAUAAAGACAGGUCAGACUGAUCUCUUAACAUCACAGGUGCAAAAUAAACAUUUUGAAAUAUUAAAGUUCCAGUACUGGGGAUUUGGCUCAGUGGUUCCGUUGUC